AUGGACGAAGAUCAAUGGGCAUAUUACUGUACGAUGUCCGAAGUUGAUAUGGAUUUUCAAGAUGAACAAGAUUGUGGUGUGAAUGAAGGACAUGUUGAUUGUUCAGACGCUUUUAAUACUUCUCAGGUGUUUGCAACCCGAGAAGAUGUUUUGCAGUGGGCUCGAACGGUUGCCCAUGAAAAAGGUUUUGUUGCAAUUCGUGGAAAACUAGUGCAUGGAGGUGAAGGUUGGACGGUGAAGCUGAUAUGUCGGAUUCACAACCAUGAAUUGGUGAAGACCUUAGUUGGACAUCUAUAUGCUGGGAGAUUGACAAAUGAUGAGAAGAAUAUCAUUGCUGAUAUGACGAAGUUGAACAGUACCUACAAAACAAAUAGGUGCAGGCUCCCAUUGGUUGACUUUGUGGGGGUGGCACCAACCGGGAUGACUUUCUUUGCUGGGUUUGCAUAUCUGGAGGGUGAGCGCAUGAACAAUCUUGUAUGGGCAUUGGAACGGUUUCACAUAGACAAGAAUGUGAAGGCAAAGUGCAAAUCGCUAAUUGGUCAGAAGAAUGCCUGGGACUACGUAAUGGAUAGCUGGGGUAACCUGGUAGAGUGUCCUUCAGAACAGGAGUUCUUGUGCACCUUCAAAGGUUUCAAGGUUGAAUCUGCUUAUUGGUCUCUGAAAAAGGUAUUACAGAAUAGUGUUGGAGACCUCUGUAGUGUUUGGGAUGCAAUGAACAACAUGAUGACGCUGCAGCACACUGAAAUUAAAGCAUCAUUCGAAACAAGUACGCAUGUCGUUGGCCAUGUUUUUAAGAAAACCUUAUACAAGAGGCUUUUGGGAAUGGUGUCAAGGUAUGCUUUAAAUGAAAUUUCGAUUGAGUUUGAGCGCGUACGUCAUUUCAAAGACAAUUUGUCUUGUUGUGGUUGUGUCUUGAGAACCACGCUAGGUCUUCCUUGUGCAUGCGAGCUACAAAGGUAUGCUAGUGGCAGCAUCCCACUGGAUGUAGUCCAUAUGUACUGGAGGAGACUUAGUUUUUCAGACCAGGGGCUAUGUGAGGCCGAAGUGAGCAUCAAGGAAGAGAUGGAUAGAAUAUAUAAAAGAUUCGAGGAACUUGAUGUUUGCGGGAAAGUUACUUUCAAGAGUAAACUUCGAGAAUUCGCGUUUCCCGAUGAGACCUCUAUGUGUCCUCCUCCAACAAAGGUUAAGACGAAAGCUGCCCCAAAAAAAGUAAUGAAAAGAAGCGAAAGAUCGACAAAGCGUGAUCCAUCUUAUUGGGAGUAUGUUGAUGCUUAUCAUUCGGUUCAAAACAGCAACACCUCAGUCAAACCCAGUGCAUCAUCUUUUGAACCACCGAAGCCAGCAAGGAUGAUCCCCAUGUAUGGGAGAAGAGUGUUGGGCCGUGAUGCGUAA